AUGUUAUUAUUUGAUAAUGAUAAUAGUUUUAAAUUACCAACAACUCGAAAAAAUUCUCAAUUGUCUAAAAAUCAUCCGAUUAAAUCUAUAAAUGACUUUUAUUCAAAUGCAGAAGAUAAUGAUGAAGAUGAUAUCGAUCAACAGUCCGCUUUACGAUCCUCUUCUCAUGCAUUAGAAAUCGAGUUGUAUAUUAAACAAGGAUUAGAUAAAUCAACAAAUUCAGAUAAAUCUCUUCAAGAAGAAUAUAAUCCAUUGUCUUUCUGGAAAAAUAUGCAUAGUUCUUAUUCUAUUCUUUCAAAAAUAGCUGCUCGUGUUUUUUCUGUACCGGUUUCAAGUGCGGCUGUUGAACGAGAAUUUAGUCUUGCCGGUAAUAUCGUUACACAAAAACGUUCAACCUUAUCUCCAGAUGUGGUCAACGAUAUGGUUUUCAAUCAUUCAUAUAAGGUGUAUCAACAAGGACUUGAUAAUACAGAUAAGUUUGAAUUACAUUAA